UUAAAAAAAUGCAAAAAUCCGAAUACAAUUUGUCCGUACGAUGGGUCGAAGCUGAAGAACAUCAAUUAGAAGGCGGAAACCCUAGAUUCUGCUGCGACUCCAAAAAUCAUGGAGGGUGAGAAGAAGAGGCUGGUGGCGCUAGGGUUUGAGGGAUCCGCCAACAAAAUCGGGGUGGGGGUGGUGACUCUCGACGGCAACAUUCUGUCAAAUCCGCGUCAUACUUACAUUACGCCGCCGGGGCAUGGCUUUCUCCCCCGAGAAACCGCUCAGCACCAUCUCCAGCACGUGCUUCCGCUCGUUAAGUCGGCGUUGAAGGAGGCGGGGAUUACGGCGGAUGAGGUUGAUUGCCUCUGCUACACCAAAGGCCCCGGCAUGGGUGCCCCGCUCCAGGUGGCCGCGGUGGUUAUCCGCGUGCUAUCACAGCUCUGGAAAAAGCCAAUUGUUGCCGUCAAUCACUGUGUCGCUCAUAUCGAAAUGGGGAGGAUUGUGACGGGUGCUGAUGACCCCGUGGUUUUAUACGUCAGUGGGGGAAAUACUCAGGUCAUCGCCUAUAGCGAAGGCCGUUACCGAAUUUUUGGAGAAACAAUAGAUAUCGCUGUCGGGAAUUGUUUGGAUCGAUUUGCCAGGGUCCUUAAGCUAUCCAAUGAUCCGAGCCCGGGCUACAACAUCGAGCAGCUCGCAAAGAAAGGCGAGAAAUUUAUAGACCUCCCGUACGUUGUAAAAGGAAUGGAUGUUUCAUUUAGCGGGAUAUUGAGCUUCAUCGAGGCGACUGCCGAGGAGAAACUCAAAGAUAACGAAUGCACCCCAGCGGAUUUAUGCUACUCACUACAGGAAACAUUGUUUGCAAUGCUGGUGGAGAUCACGGAGCGCGCAAUGGCGCACUGCGACAAGAAGGACGUCCUGAUUGUCGGCGGGGUAGGCUGCAAUGAGCGUCUGCAGGAGAUGAUGCGCGUAAUGUGCUCGGAAAGGGGCGGGAAGCUCUACGCAACGGACGAUCGCUACUGCAUCGACAAUGGCGCGAUGAUCGCGUACACGGGGCUCCUCGCAUAUGCUCACGGCAUAUCAACGCCGCUCGAGGAAUCGACGUUUACUCAGCGGUUCAGAACCGACGAAGUAUUGGCCGUGUGGCGAGGGAAGGAAUCUUCGAAGCCAAACGGUAGCUGAAUCUGUGGAUUUCGUUCCCACUUAUGUAUGCUUUGUGGUUUAUGGAAUUUACGUAUAGAUUAUGGUUGUGUAUUUUAAUUAUAUAUAUACUUAUUUAAGUUUACAUGUAUUUUUAGAUUAAUAUUUGAUGUAUUUUUUAUCUUUAUUAUUAAAAAGGAUAUGUGAGCAGAGGCUAAAUAUACAGUGCAUUAAAUUUUCA